UCCUCCUACAAGGUCAACACUUUGCUUCAGAUCACCACAGAAACCACAGCUAAAGCAGAUCGUGUGCCUAGUUCAUCCGCUUGUUUGUGCACUUAUGGAGAUGCUUUUUGUUUUUUGUCUGCCAUUAAGCUGUAGUUAUUAAAAGCAUGCCCGUGAGUCGUGGCUUUGCCGGUGGAAUGCGAUGCAGACGUCCCCUUGUCGGAGAGAGGCUGUUUGGAUGUCCUGAUUCCAUGCAGAACUGGACCUGUUUUUGCUCUGUGCCUGUGCUGUGACUCACUUCGGCGCAAAUCGUCCACCUACAGCAAGGAUGUAACACUUUUCGGCAGCCAGCAUCCAUCUGUUUGCUCUAGUAACAGAUUAUGCUCUGAAAGUGUCUCUUUACCCCUCUUCUUUUCCUCUCUUGCUCCCUCUAUCUCUGUCUUUCUUCUAUCGGCUCCCCUCAGAGACCCAAUACCACCAUGUCCUUGGCAUUCUGCGGCAACGACAACAACUCAGCAGCAUACAACGUGGAUGCUGGUGUCCUAAACAACGGCUGCUUCCUGGAUGCCCUCACAGUGGUGCCGCAUGUCUUCCUACUCUUCAUCACCUUUCCAAUCCUCUUCAUCGGCUGGGGAAGUCAGAGCUCCAAGGUGCACAUCCAUCACAGCACUUGGCUGCAUUUCCCUGGACACAACCUCCGCUGGAUCCUCACCUUCAUCCUGCUCUUCGUCACCGUGUGUGAAAUCGCUGAGGGCAUCGUGUCUGACGGGUUUAACCAGUCGUUCCACCUGCACCUCUAUAUGCCAUCAUGUCUGGCCUUCAUGGCUGCCAUCACAUCAAUAGUCUACUAUCAUAACAUAGAGACCUCCAACUUCCCCAAGCUACUCUUGACUUUGCUAAUUUACUGGGUUUUGGUGUUUGUCACAAAAACAAUUAAGUUUGCCAAGUACACAGAGCAUGGCAUCGGGCUGAGACAGCUGCGGUUUGGGAUAACUGGCUUACUGACUCUGUUGUAUGGCCUGCUAUUGGCUGUGGAGAUCAACGUAAUCCUGAGGAGGCGAUAUGUGUGUUUUGCAAACACCACUGAGGUGAAGCCUCCAGAGGAUUUACAGGAUCUUGGGGUCCGUUUCCUGCAGCCGUUUGUGAACCUGCUUUCUAAAAGCACAUACUGGUGGAUGAAUACCUUCAUCACGUCAGCACACAAAAGGCCUAUUGAUCAGAAGGUCAUUGGCAGACUACCAAUUGCUAUGAGAGCCCUCACAAACUAUCUGAAGCUCCGCAAGGCCUUUGAAGCCCAGAAGAAUCCCCAAGGUUUGCAGCCCCAGGGGCCAAAGUGGAUCUGGACGGCCCUCCGGCAGGCCUUCGGAAAACCCCUCAUCCUCAGUAUUACCUACCGUUUCAUGGCAGAUCUGCUUGGCUUUGCCGGCCCCCUUUGCAUCUCAGGCAUUGUGCACCAUAUCAGUAAGGAGAACCACACCAUUCAGCCACCAAUGCAGCAUUUUGGAAUCUAUUUCAUCUCCUCCCAGGAGUUUCUUGCCAAUGCAUAUGUCCUAGCCGUGCUCCUGUUCUUUGCCUUGCUCCUCCAGAGGACGUUCCUCCAAGCAUCUUAUUAUGUUGCCAUUGAGACUGGAAUCAACCUGAGAGGAGCCAUACAGACAAAGAUCUUCAAUAAAAUUAUGCGUCUCUGCACCUCAAACAUGUCUAUGGGGGGAAUGACAGUGGGCCAGAUAUGCAACCUUGUUGCCAUAGACACCAACCAGCUAAUGUGGUUCUUCUUCCUGUGUCCCAACCUAUUCGCAAUGCCAGUACAGAUCAUCGUUGGAGUCAUCCUCCUUUACUACCUCCUGGGAAUUAGUGCCUUGAUAGGGGCCACGGUCAUCACCCUUCUGGCUCCGGUGCAGUACUUUGUGGCGACCAAGCUAUCGGAAGCACAGAAAAGCACAUUGGAGUAUUCCAGUGAAAGACUGAAGAAGACCAAUGAGUUGCUGCGGGGUAUCAAACUCUUGAAGCUGUACGCCUGGGAGCAUAUCUUCUGCUCAAGUGUGGAGAAAACCCGAGGGAAAGAGAUGACUAGCUUACAGACCUUUGCACUCUACACUUCUAUUUCAAUAUUUAUGAACACAGCUAUUCCCAUUGCAGCAGUACUCACUACGUUUGUUGCCCACGUGCACAUGUCUGAUGAUGCAGACCUAUCCCCCGCUGUGGCCUUUGCCUCCCUCUCACUUUUUCAUAUCCUGGUCACCCCUCUCUUCCUGCUGUCCAGUGUUGUGCGAUCCACAGUCAAAGCCCUGGUCAGUGUUCAGAAGCUAAGUGAGUUUUUUUCCUGUGAUGAGAUCGGAGGUGAACAGGAUCCCAGAGCAACCAUAUUACAUAAUUCCACCAAUCCCUACAAGUAUCAGGCCCUGCCUCUGAAAGUGGUGAACCGUAAGCGUCCUGUUAGAGAGGAGUGGAACAGCUGUGGGCUGCAGAGUGAACAGGAGGAUGAGCCAAUGACUGUGGAGGAUGAAGAUGUCUGCAUCAAGAUAACAAAUGGCUUUUUCAACUGGACUGAUGGAACCCCAACGUUAUCCAAUGUGGAUAUUAAGAUUCCUUUUGGUCAGUUAACAAUAAUAGUAGGACAGGUUGGUUGUGGAAAAUCAUCUCUGUUGCUGGCUGCAUUGGGUGAGAUGCAAAAGAUCUCAGGAACUGUGAAAUGGAGCAGACUGCCCAUGGAUGCAGAUGGAAAUGAAAGCCCUGCAGAUGCAGCUGCAGAGGGGGAUAUCAGGAAAAGAGGUGCUGUGGCAUACGCCUCCCAGAAGCCCUGGCUGCUAAACACCACACUCGCGGAGAACAUCACGUUUGAGAUGCCUUUAAUAAAGCAAAGGUACAGGGCAGUAAUUGAAGCAUGUUCUCUCCAGCCGGACAUUGACAUCCUUCCCCAGGGGGAUCAGACGGAGAUCGGCGAGCGGGGUAUCAUUCUUUCUGGAGGCCAGAGGCAACGCAUUAGUGUGGCUCGAGCUCUUUACCAAACCACCAAUGUGGUGUUUCUGGAUGAUCCUUUCUCAGCACUGGAUAUUCACCUGAGUGAUCAUCUGAUGCAGGAGGGCAUUCUCAAACUGCUGAGAGAAGAGAAGAGAACGGUGGUGCUCGUGACACACAAACUGCAGUAUCUGCCCCAUGCAGACUGGAUCAUUGCGAUGAAGGAUGGCAGCAUACAGACACAAGGAACGUUGAAGGACAUCCAGAACUCUCAACCUGAGCUCUUCAAACAAUGGAAGACCUUGAUGCACAGACAAGACCGGGAGUUUGAGAAGGAGACGGUAGAUGAUAAUAUGACAGUCCUGGAAAGAAAAAACUUGAGGCGAGCCAUGUAUUCCAGAGAGGCCCUGAAAACUGAGGAGGAAGAGGAGGAGGAGACAGUGGAGAGUGAUGAUGAAGAUAAUCUAUCUCGAGUGAUGAGGCACAGAGCCACCAUACCCUGGAGAUCCUGUGGGACAUACCUGAGCUCUGCUGGCCUCCUGCUGCUCCUCCUGCUCCUGCUGUCCCAGCUCCUCAAACAUUCCCUCAUGGUGGCCAUUGACUACUGGCUCGCACACUGGACAUCCAAAGUAAUCAAGGCCAAGAUUGAGGCAGCUGCGCACAACUGCUCCCUAGUGCAGGAAGUGGGUUUCAGUCACUCAUCAUACCUGCUGGUGUUCAGCAUUCUGUGCUGUCUUGGGAUCGUCCUGUGUCUGGCCACAUCAGUGGCUGUGGAGUGGACAGGCCUGCGGGUGGCCAAAGAGCUGCACCACAGUCUGCUCAAUAAUAUCAUACUGGCCCCAAUGAGGCUCUUUGAAACAACUCCAUUGGGAAGCAUAAUAAAUCGCUUCUCCUCUGAUACCAACACAAUAGAUCAGCACAUUCCUGCAACUCUUGAGUGUUUGAGUCGCUCUACACUACUGUGUGCAUCAGCUCUAGGUGUGAUCUCAUACGUCACACCGGUUUUCCUCAUUGUACUGGCACCAUUAGCCAUUGCCUGUUACUUCAUCCAGAAGUACUUCAGAGUUGCAUCCAAAGAUCUGCAGCAGCUAGAAGACAGCACACAGCUUCCCCUGCUCUCACACUUCUCUGAGACUGUAGAGGGCCUCACAACCAUCAGAGCUUUCAGGUAUGAGGCUAGAUUCAGAAAGAGGCUUCUAGAGUUCACUGAUGCCAAUAACAUGGCCUCUCUCUUUCUAACAGCGGCUAACCGCUGGCUGGAGGUUCGAAUGGAGUACAUAGGGGCCUGUAUAGUCCUGAUAGCAGCUGUGGCCUCCAUCACCAACUCGCUGUUCAAUCAUCUGUCCACUGGGCUCGUGGGGCUGGGACUCACUUAUGCCCUCAUGGUGUCAAACUACCUAAACUGGAUGGUACGUAAUCUGGCUGAUAUGGAGGUGCAGCUGGGAGCUGUGAAAAGAAUAAAAGCUCUGUUAAAGACUGAGCCUGAAAACUAUGAAGGACUGCUCUCUGCAAAUCAGGUUCCAGAGGGUUGGCCCCAACGGGGUGAGAUCCAGAUUCAGAAUCUGAGUGUGAGGUACGACAGCACGCUAAAGCCGGUCCUGAAACACGUCAACGCCCAAAUAAGACCAGGACAAAAGGUUGGGAUCUGUGGUAGAACAGGAAGCGGCAAAUCGUCUUUCUCAUUAGCCUUUUUCCGAAUGGUGGACACAUUUGAAGGGCGGAUAAUCAUUGAUGACAUCGAUAUAGCAAAGCUGCCUCUUCAAACGCUGAGGUCACGCUUCUCUAUUAUUCAACAAGAUCCCUUCUUAUUCAGCGGAACCAUUCGUUUCAAUCUCGAUCCAGAGAUGAAGGCUACAGACAGCAUGCUGUGGGAAGCAUUAGAAAUCGCACAGCUUAAACCUGUGGUCAAAACCUUACCUGGAGGACUUGACGCCAUAAUAACUGAAGGUGGGGAGAACUUCAGCCAGGGGCAACGUCAGCUGUUCUGCCUGGCACGUGCAUUUGUGCGGAAGAGCAGUAUUCUGAUUAUGGAUGAGGCCACUGCUUCCAUAGAUAUGGCUACGGAGAGCAUUCUACAAAAAGUUGUGAUGACUGCCUUUGCUGACAGGACUGUGGUCACCAUAGCUCAUCGUGUGCACACCAUCCUGAAUGCAGACCUGGUGAUUGUCAUGAAGAGAGGUGUCAUUCUGGAGUUUGAUAAGCCAGCAAUUCUCCUGAAUCAAGAGGACAGUGUAUUUGCAGCAUUUGUGCGAGCAGACAAAUGAGUCUGGGGGAUCCUCUAUUGAAAGUGCAAUUGUACCAUGAAUAAAUAAUGAAUUAUUUAUUAUUACUAUCAUCCUCACAUUUGUAAAUAAAAUGUUAAUCAUUUAUUAAUAAAAUUAUACAUAAUCUGUA